GAAAAUUAUUGAUUAAGAAACCGUUGCUGCAAUGUUUCGGGUAUAAAAUAUCAUAGAUUAUUGUAGAUAAAAAAAUAUAAAACUCAUUUAUCUAUGGUUCUUUUUUUUGAAAAUAAACACAAACUUUGUUCAAACUUUUAUCAUAGUAUUAUUUAUAUUUUAUUUAUCUUCUUUGUUUAUAUUUUAUAACCAUUAUGGAGAAUCAGGAUCAACAUUCUACAGGUAACCCUACAGAACCUUACCUGUUACCGAAAUCAAAUAGAGAACAUUUAAAUAGAAGUCCAACAGAAGAAUUAAAGCCUGAAAAUCCUGAAAUGAAGGGAAGUUAUAAAACGAAUACACCGAUUGAACAAUCGUCUGCCAUAUCUCCUUCAAAAAUCACCUUUAAAGAAGGCAUUAAGGAUCAAAUGGCCGGUGAUUCUUUUAUUAAUGAGAUAUCAGAUAAGAUGCUAUUUUCUUACCAAUCAGCUGAUAAGCUUCGUACCCUUAUGCAGUUUAAAGCUAAUAUCACAUGUUGUGUUCGCAAAGAAUCGACUAGCGAUGAAAUGUCGGAGUUUGGAGAGCUGAAGUGUGUAAUACUGCCCCAACUAAGUUCAAAGGAAAUAGAAUUCCUAAAAAUCGUGAAAGAGGGCAACGUGGCCACUUUGGAAGCGUUUCUAAACGAACAUCCAGAACUUAACAUUAACUGCUGGGACUGUCAGGGUGAAGCGGCGCUCCACGUGGCGGUACAUGGCAGAUCGGAGGAUAUGCUCAGGUUCCUGCUGAAGCAGCCCCGCAUUGAUAUCGGCGACGCCGCCCUGCACGCCAUCAGGGACAAUAAUAUUACCAUGAUGAGUUAUCUCCUACCCAUUUCAGUAAUAAUCCUCGACGCGCUAAAGAAGAUAUCUCCGGGGCUCGAGUUCGCUGGUCCGACGCACUCGGCCGAAUACCCGCCGCACGCCACCCCGCUGGUGGUGGCGGCGCGCGCGGGCUGCUGUGACGCCGUGCGCGCGCUGCUGGCCCGAGGGCAUGUAGUCAAGCCCCCACAUGUGCCGCACUGCGAGUGCAAGGAUUGCACACAAUGCAUGGACCGCGAGGACCCCCUGCUCGUGAGCAGCGCGCGGCUGGCCACCUACCAAGCGCUGUGCUCGCCGGCGUACCUGGUCCAUACCAUACCAGACCCCAUCCACGCCGCCUUCCGCCUCGUGGUGGAGCUGGAGGACAACGCCGCCAAGUACCGCCAUCUAGCGGCCAAUUAUAUGCAACUCAAGAAUGACGUCAGCGCUUUUGCCGUCGAUCUUAUUGGUUGCUGUCGCACAUCCGAAGAAGUGGAGACAGUGUUGAAGCACCGGGCAGGCUCCAGUGGACGCCGCCACUUCGUGUUGCCGCGAGUGCAACACGCCGUCGACAUCAAGCAGAAGGAGUUUGUAGCACAUCCCAACACACAACAGGUUCUGGAGUCGUAUUGGAUAUCUGACUUCUGCAACUGGCGGCGGCAGAGCCUGUUCGCCAAGAUGUGGACGACGCUCGCUCGCGUCGGCAUCACGCCGUUUAUCCUUGUCAUGUGCAUAGUAGCCCCGUGGCACAGGCUUGUAAGGAGUUGGGAGAUUCCGCUGAACAAACUGAUUACGCACGCAUCCGCCUACUUCGUGUUUCUAUCUUUGGUUUUCUUUAUUUCCAAUCAAGACAAGACUGAUAAAUUACGGGGACCUCCGAAAACAGGGCUGGAAUGGCUGGUCAUCCUCUACGUGGCCGGCUACGUGUGGUCGGCGGCCCGCAUGUGCGUGAUGCAGGGCGCGCGGCAGUACUUCAGCAAGAUGUGGAACUGGGCGGAGUGCAUCAUGCUGGCGCUCUACCUGGUUUCCUUUGUGCUGUGGCGCCGCGCGGCCGAGGAUGUCAGGCUCCAUGAUAGGGUUACACUGGAACGUAAAUACUGGGACGAGCACGACCCGACCCUGCUGAGUGAAGGGACGUUCUGCGUGGCGACCAUCCUCGCCUUCCUGCGGAUCAUGUUCAUUUGCCAACUCAACUACCAUCUGGGACCACUGCAAGUCUCCUUGGGCAAAAUGACGUACGACAUUUACAAGUACAUAAUGGUGUACACAAUAAUCCUGAGCGCGUUCUCCGCGGGGCUGUCUCGCUUCUACCAGUACUACAAGGGCAUGGUGUAUAAGGACAGUAAUGGGGUUAGAGCGGUUCAGGUGCCGUCGUUCACGAGCAUCACGGACACAUUCUACACUCUGUUCUGGGCGCUGUUCUGCAUGGCGCCCAUCGAGAGCGCGGACGUGGUGCUGGAGGGCGCGGGCGAGCAGCACCACGGGUUCACGCAGAAAGUCGGACAUUUUUGUUUUGGAAUGUUCGAAGUGAUAUCAGUGAUAGUGGUGCUGAACAUGCUGAUAGCCACCAUGUCCAACACCUUCCAGCGAGUCACGGACAACGUCGCCAUCGAGUGGACCUUCGCACGGACCGAGGUGUACCUAGAGUACAUGCAGCAGACGACGCUGCCAUCGCCCUACAACCUGAUCCCGACGGCGCGGGGCGUGGCCGGCGCGCUGGAGUGGCUCUCACUGAGGCUGCGCCCGCGCAAGGGCGCCCGCGCUUGCCUCAAUAGCACUUACUGCUGCUUUAUUGAGCGCGACAUAGAAGCCGACAACCAAAGCGAGUAUCCUGCGCUGAUGUCAGUGCUGGUGCAGCGCUACUUCCGACACAAGGCCCGUUCAGCAAGCACCGGGAGUGAACUGGAUGGACUGAGGGUGGAGCCUGGCCCGCAGACUUGCUACAUGGACAGAGCAAAGUGUCCGUGA